AAUUUCUUGUUUAUCUGUUUCUGUGGGUCUACAUUUCUUGAACAUCCCCUCCAAAUUAAACAUUCAUGCAAGUUUUAUUGCUAAUAUUAAUUCAUAGGUGUACAAAAGUCAAACAUCUUGGCCUUUCAUUAUCGAAUUUCAUCUGAUCUCACCAUUUUGUAUCACCUUGCCUCUCUAGGGAGGGCACCAUAAGUCAGGGCCUUCCAUUACGGAAUUUCAUCUGAUUUUACUGUUUUGUAUCAUUGUGCCUCUGUAGGGAGGGUGCCAUCGAUGCUUUAAAGGUCAUAAUGGCCCUGUUUUAACCCUGUCAGAUAGACUGUUAGGUCAUGGCACUGGAAAAAUAUUUGCUAGUGGAGGUGAAGAUGGCACUGUUCGCCUCUGGUCCAUCAACUCCAGUGGAAAGCGUGGCCAACACGCUUUAAGGGCAACGCUUUAUGGACAUGAAAAGGCCGUAUCAUUGAUGUCAGUUGCCGGGUACAAAACAUCUCUUCUGGUGAGCAUGUCAAAGAAUUCCAAGGUUAGGGUUUGGGACACCACUACAGCAUCAUCUUCUAGUCGUUCUUCAUGCUGUGUGGGAAUGACAUCUAUUCCUGGCAAUCCUGUGGGUAUGAAAUGCCAUGAGUCACUGCUGUAUGUUGCUGCUGGUUCCUCUGUCAUUGCAAUUGAUUUAAGAACGAUGCAUAGAGUUUCAACGGUGAUGCAGCAAGUAAAACUACAUUCAUUUCAAGUCAUGCCUUCAAAAUCCUUAAUUUGCACAGGUGGAACUGGAAGAGCAAUGUUGUGGGAUAUUAGAAAAAGUUCCAACACACCUAAAGUAGAACCUGUCAUCGAGUUGGAUGGACAUGUGGGCCCAAUAAAGCUCUUACAUAUGGACCGAUACAAAGUUGUUGCUGGUGGACUAGAUGACUCCUGUAUAAAUGUUUGGGAUGUUGAUACUGGGGAGCAUACAAAUUCCUUGAUAUGUUCUGAGGAUGAGUCUCUGGGGUGUUCAGCAAUGGUUGUAGACGGAUGUCGACUUGUUACUGCGAGUGGAGAUGAAGAACAAUGUGUCUUGCGCUUCAGGGACUUCGAUACUGCUACUUGUCCCGUCUCGUCUAAUGCAUCGGAAACAGGUUCACCAGUUUCUAAAUUCUGGGGUCCCCAAUCAUAUAGUGAUUCUGAAUCUUCUGAUUACUAGUCGCAUUUUUUAUUUUUAUUUUUAUUUUUGAAAUUUGCUGCUUUUGAACAUCAAACAGUCUUGUUUGUUUUUUGUCCUCUUUUUCUCCUGCAUACUCUGAUUCAUUUUGUACUCUGCCAGAUGUUUCUGUUUGUACUUAAUAUAUUGACUAGAUAUCUUUUUCGAUUUUUAA